AUGUCGAGCGGCGGAAGGAACUUCUCCUUCGAGCCCCAAGAUGACAACACUCUGAACCCGCACGGACGGCUCCCUCAGACCCAGGCACAGGAACAGCCGCGUCUGUCUUACCAACCCUACCAGCAACAGCCAUAUCAUGAGACUCCACCCAGAGAAUUUGUCUCUCCUCCUCCUAGAUACGCCUCUACCUCUCCUGGCCGUAACCAACAACGCUCUCCUCCCACAUCCCCCCAACGACGUCCCGUCCCGCCCGACACCCAUCUCCUCAGCGACAUCUCGCCUCCCAGGGCGCUUUCAAGACGGCCAGCGCCAACUGACUUUGACGACCUAGGCCCUCCUCCUCCCCCACCACACAGAUCGAGUCCAAACCGACUCUCUAGAGACGAUUCUCCCCAACCCUACUGGCCCAACUUGGGCGUGACCGCAGGCAUGGACAAUUUGGGCAGUAGGGAAGCAGGAGGGGGACUCAACUCGGACGCAUCAGGUGUCGCCGAUCGACAUCCUUACGAAAGUGGGAUUGAGGCUGCUCACUCGUUUCCUCAAUCCUAUUCUCCAUACCAACAACCACGGCCCUCCCGGCUGCCCGAGCGAAACUCAUACGGCUCGACGUUCGCUCUUGCUCAUGGCGCUGCCACCCCUGGCACCAUUACUCCUUCUCCCUCUCCGGGGCCCAGAUCAUCUAGCUACUCCGGCAGAAAUAUCCCCUUGGAAGACUAUCAUCCCAACUCCAACCAACCACUGUCCUCCCCGAGCUACCACGAUCUUCCCUACCAGUCAAGUCAUCCCGACAGCUUCAUGCAUCAAGCCAGUAUCAACCCCAACAAUAUCCUUGACGAUGGUGACGACGGUGUGCCACCGGCUGGCCAGCAAAGAGGCAUUGGAAAGACUACCGCUGCCACUGCAGCAGCUGCAGGUACUGCUGGCUUCCUAGGAGGGCUCUUCGGCCGCAAAUCAAAGAACCACACUCCUAGCGGGACAUACGAUGCAGUGAGUACAGCGCCAAAACCAGAGAAGAGUGAAUGGUUAGCAGAGCAGACUAGAGGGAAAAGAAAAAUGAAGUUGUGGGUGGGCGUCGGCAUUGGCCUUGUUAUUGUCGUCGCCAUUGUUGCCGGUAUCCUCGGUGGUGUCCUAAGUUCAAAAAACUCAGACAAUUCCGGCUCGGGCUCGUCCAGCGGCGACACUAACAAUGCGGCCUCAGACACGGAGGCGAACGGAGAUCUUGACAAGAAUUCGGCAGAGAUUAAGGCUCUCAUGAACAACCCAGACCUCCACAAAGUCUUCCCCGGCAUGGACUAUACUCCCUGGGGUACACAAUAUCCGCUAUGCUUCACUUACCCUCCGUCGCAGAACAACGUCACGCGCGACAUGGCCGUCUUGUCACAGCUCACCAAUGUCGUUCGACUCUAUGGCACUGACUGCAAUCAGACCGAGAUGGUGCUCCACGCCAUUGACCGCCUUGAACUCACCGACAUGAAGCUCUGGAUGGGCGUCUGGAUUGACACCAACCAAACAACCACGGAUCGUCAAUUGGAUCAGAUGUACAAGAUCCUGGCGGAAACAAAGGACCAUUCAGUAUUCAAGGGUGUCAUUGUUGGCAAUGAAGCCCUCUACCGUGCUGGUGAGGACAAAGCACAGUCAGAGCAGGAACUGAUCACCAUUCUGGACGGUGUUAGGACCAAGUUCAAGUCUCUCGGCUAUGAUCUCCCCAUCGCAACGUCCGAUCUCGGGGACAACUGGAAUGCCCAACUUGUCCAAGCCGUGGAUUACGUGAUGUCAAAUAUCCACCCCUUUUUCGCCGGUGUUACGGCAGAGGUCGCCGCUAGUUGGACGUGGACCUUUUGGCAAACCCACGACGUGGCCUUGACUGAAGGAAUGUCAAACGUCAUGCAAUUGAUCAGUGAGACCGGUUGGCCCAGCGGAGGUGGAGAGGACUGUGGCGGCACUGACGGGUCUUGCGCCGCCGGGCAGAGUGGAUCCGUUGCCGGUGUUGAUGGCAUGAACACCUUUAUGGACAAUUGGGUAUGUCAAGCAUUGACAAAUGGUACAGAGUAUUUUUGGUUUGAGGCAUUCGACGAACCCUGGAAAGUCAUUUAUAAUACCGCCACCCAACAGUGGGAAGAUAAAUGGGGUCUCAUGGACCCAGGCAGGAAUUUGAAGCCUGGCCUGAAGAUCCCUGAUUGUGACGGGAAGACUGUUGGAUCAUGA